AAUGACCUCGCCCAAGCAGCUCAUGAAUAAAUUAUUUUCUUGUCGGUGUUGAGGGCAGCAGGUCUGCUCAGCCUCUUCAUUCAGUCGGGAGAGGAGAACUCUUCAAACUGGUAACGAUGGCACAUAUCCCGGGACUCCCAGUCACCGCAGUUGUGCAACGUAUUGAGAUUCAUAAACUGCGCCAAGGGGAGAACCUGAUCCUUGGGUUUAGCAUAGGAGGGGGAAUCGAUCAAGACCCAGGACAGAACCCCUAUUCCGAGGACAAGUCUGACAAGGGUAUCUAUGUAACCAGAGUGAGCGAGGGUGGACCAGCUGAAGUAGCAGGUCUACAUACUGGAGACAAAAUUAUGCAGGUGAACGGCUGGGACAUGACUAUGGUAACCCAUGAUCAGGCACGGAAGAGACUCACCAAGAAAAACGAAGAUGUGGUGCGACUGCUGGUGACGAGGACAAAUCUGGAGACCGUUGUCCGGCAAUCGAUGCAAUAACUGACUGGACAGAGACCAAAACAAAUCCAUAUUUAUAAUACAUAUCGGUCACGUAGAGGGUGGAGGUAUAGAAAGGGCUAACCAGAAGUGGCAGUUCACGUGAACAAAGGUUUCUGUCUUUGUUGAUUUUUAUUUUAAAUUUUAAUUUCAUGCCUUGCUACCGUUUCGUGAUCUACCUGUUUACUAUGCAAACAGAAGAAGAGGCAAAAAAAAAAAAAACUAAUACAGGGGCUACCUGAGUGAAACAAGACUCGUGCUAAUUGGGAAACCAGUGUGGUAUAUCAAAGUAAAACAGAAUUUAAACACUAUUAGGCGUUUCAGUGUGCUCUUCCAAAUGUUCCAAUGGCACACUGAUCCAGAUCUGCAUCUCGAUGUACACGAUACUGUGCAGGCGUAGAACAAACGAUUCCUUUUAAGUAUGACGUUUUCAACCCACUAAAAGUGCUGUAAGCAAUACCUUGUGUUGUAAACACAGUCAUUCUCACUAGAAAGCUUUAAACUACAACCUGUGCUGGGAAGAGCUCAUACUUUCAACAAAUUAUUAUUAUUAUUGUAUCAUUUCAUACAUCCAUACAUCAUCGAUACCAAAGUGCAGUGUAAAAUAACACCGUGAUUAACGUCACCACAUGAGUGCACACUAGGAGAGUCCCAGGUGCUAGUGGGAAACAGUGUCUGGUGUGGUGCUGUCUGUAUUAUCUAACCAUUCUUCUAAUGCCUUUGAACUUGCUGUGUGAGCUAAACUGUAAGAGAUGGGUUUCAUUAGAGGGAACAAUAACAUGCCACCAAGUGCCUUUGUUCCUUUUCCUUUAAAAGCGGACUUUUGUUUUUAAGUCGAAGUCACAGACAAGCUAAUAAUUACCGUGAAAAAAAAAUGGACUUUGUUUGAGUGCAGUCUAUUUCCUGGCCCAGGACUUGGGUUGCUAAAAAUCAGGUUUUUAAAAUGAUUGUAAUCCAGUUUAAUUAGGCUCUUGCUCAUGAGGAAAAGAUGGCACACAAAUCUAUUAGUCCCUUUAUGUAACUGACUGCAUGGGCGUUCUACCUGAGAUACAGUACCAAGCCAUAUUAGAUAUCUUCUAUACAGUACCUUCCUUAAUUUCUUUUAAAAGCGUUAAAUCUGCUUUUGCUUUUCAGUAACUCUGCCCACAGCGCUUCCUUUAAGACAGCAGGUAAUGUCAAUCAGAACAUUUCUAACACUAAUUUGCAAUAAUUCCAACUGUAUUUACUCAGUUAAAUGUCAUUUUUAUUGUAGGCUUUUAUGUUAUAACACUAAUUGUUCUGAUCUGUGGUAGCUAAUGAUUAUGUCCAGGGUAGCAGCUUGAUGCUGUCGCCUGCCUAAUAACUACUAGAUUUCCUGAUUUGUACUGCUGAAAAUAAUAAAAUUUCUCAAAACGUA